AGCGUGUAGCAGUAGCAGUAGCAGUAGCAUAGCAUGGUGGUAACUUGUUCCAUCACUGCUCUAAGCUAAAACCCUAAUCGGUGAUGGCCAUGAAAACCCUUGAAGAACACGACGUAGGCAUCUGCUCCUACAUUUCCAACCUCCCUGGCUUCCGUGGAGUGUUGAAGCAAAGGUACUCUGAUUUUAUUGUGCAUGAGGUAGACACUGAUGGAAACGUUGUUGAGUUGUCAUCACUUGAUGCCCCUGAAGAGAGUGUUCAGGAAAAUGGAACAAGUGCAACUGCAACUGAUACUGCAGUGGUGAGUUAUGCCUCUCAAAUUGAAGCUUUUAAGUCUCUUGCUGGGGAUUCUGAUGCAGCCCUUUUGGAGGAAUUUAUUAAUCAAACUAAAGCUGCUGGAGGAGGAGAAGACAGUGUUUCUCCUGUUAUUCUUUCUCCAGAUUCGGAUAAAUCUCAUCGAACGGAAAUGCAUAAUUUCAUAAAGGAAAACUUCAAGUUCCUGGUCUCUGACACGGUCGAUGGACCGGAUGCUUCAUCAAAAUGCAUCCGUGUGAGAUUGGAUUCUGGUGGAUCCAACAACAAAGGAAAAAACUCCAAGAAACGCAAAGGAAGAGAUGAUAAGCCUUUUGAUAGCAGAGGUUCAGAAAAUUGGCCACAAAUUGGGGGCAAGUUCCUCAGGUUUAAUCUUUAUAAGGAGAAUAAAGAUACUCAGGAAGCUUUGGGGGUGGUUGGAACUAUGCUUGGCAUCCAGCAAAGGUCAUUUGGGUUUGCGGGUACAAAGGACAAACGUGCUGUCUCGACCCAAAGGGUUACUGUUUAUAAGCAGCAAGCAAGUAGGCUAGCUUCCCUUAACAAGAGGUUGUUUGGUAUUAAAGUUGGUGAUUUCUGUUAUGUUCAGGAAGGACUUUGUCUUGGCCAGCUCUCGGGAAACCGAUUUACGAUCACAUUACGAGGUAUUGUUGCAGAUUCUGAAGAUACCAUAAAAUCAGCUGCAGAUGCCUUAGGAAGGCACGGCUUUAUUAACUACUUUGGUUUACAGCGUUUUGGGAGUGGUUCUGUGCCAACUCAUCUUAUUGGAGCUGCAUUACUCCGAGGGGAAUGGAAACUUACUGUGGACUUGAUCCUUGAUCCAAGAGAAGGAGAAAGAGACGCCAUAGCCAAGGCACGCAAGUACUAUAAAGAGAGUAAUGAUGUUGUUGGGACACUUAGGCAAAUGCCUCGAUAUUUAGUUGCUGAAAGGGCUGUGCUGCAAAGUUUAAAAAAGUGUCCUGGAAACUACUUGCAGGCUCUGAAAGCUAUUCCACGGACUUUGAGAAUGAUGUAUGUACAUAGUUACCAAAGCUAUUUGUGGAACCAUGCAGCAAGUACAAGGGUGCAAAAAUAUGGAACUGAACAAGUAGUAUUAGGAGACUUAGUAUAUUGCAAAGAAAAUCCUUCUGGAAAUGUUAGAGAGCUCAUUGGACCUGAAUGUGAAGAGGACUGCAGCGGUACACAUGAUUCUAAUAAUGAAGAUGAGGUCUCUCCAGAUGUUCAUGAAGGAAUAAAUAGUCAUGUCAAGGUUGUGAAUGCUGAAGAUCUUGAUUCGAGAUGCUAUACGAUUGAAGACAUUGUCCUUCCUAUGCCAGGUUCACGGGUAGAUUUUCCAAGCAACGACGUUGCCAAAGUUUAUCAUCAUUUGGCAGAUAAAGACGGAAUCAAUUUAACAGAGAGCGUGCAUAAUGUGAAGGAAUUCUCAAUAACUAGUGUGACUGGAAGUUACAGGAGGGUUUUUCAGAAACCGAUAAAUUUUGAAUGGGAAUUACUUACAUAUAGUGAUAGUAAUAAACCAUUGGCAGAGACAGAUUUAGAAAAAAUCAGCAAGUCUAAACCUAUAAACGAUGCCGAACAAGAGGGUGCAAAUGGGAAAAAGGAAGAAAACUUUGUUAGCACGACACAGUUAGAGAGCUCUGAUGAUGGUGCAAAGGUUGAAAAUGAUUAUAAUGAGAUUGUAGGUGAGGAGGUGAUAUUACCUCCUGAUGAAUCUGCUGGUGACUUGAGGUCUCAAAACUCCCAAAUAGCUCUCAAAUUGAGCUUUACUCUUCCUUCUUCCUGUUAUGCAACAAUGGCGAUAAGAGAGCUGCUGAAGACUUCAACAUCUGUUGCAUAUCACAAGACAUUAAACUAGUAGCAAGCACAUAGCUACCAAAUCAGCAAUGUUUUUCUGCAGGAGAAAGUGAUUCAUAGACAGAACAGGGAGAACACAGAAAGAUAAGUUCUAACUAGGCGUUACUAAUUAUCGGUGGAUGUUAUAAUAUAUGUGUCCUGUUGGAAGAAAUAGAGCGGUAUCCUCUCAAUUAUUCUUUGUAUCAUGUUUGAGAACCGUGGAAUUCAAUGCUACUUUUAUUUCUGCUGAAAAUUUGAGUUGAAUUUUUGCAA